AUGUGGCGCAAGCGACGCACCACAGGACCAAAGAUGGGCGACUACCUACGACUACAAUGGCCCAUCAUGAGCGUGUUGGAUGCUGCGUUGCUCGGCUACCUCCAAGAACUUGUGGCUGAGGGGUGUGUAGAGAAAGGUUGUUGGUCGAUACUUUCGAGCAGCAAACGUGUUGACCUCAAAGAGCUUGAUAUCAAGACACCAGCGUACACAAACAACUACCCAUGCUCAUACAAUUCGAUCGCCUACGUAUCAUGGUAUCAUCUCACCAAAAGCGAUGCCGUAUCACAUCACAGGCACAUCACCUCUGUAGCCUGGAUCAAAGGUGUCUAUCAUGGAGGCCGCCCUUGGCUAGAGCUGCAAGAUGAACGACCGGCCUCUUGUACGGCCGCAACCAUGUGGCCGCACGAAACCUCCUUUGCCAGACGAUGUCAGAGGACAAGCCCUCAAAGACGUUAUGUCUCUGAAUCACGCACGGCGACGACUGGAUUGUAUUGCAUUACGCUAACAGAUUGA